AUGUCUGAAGCCCCUGAGAGCCAGCCCGUGAAAUUCACCAUCACUCAUUACCGCCAACUACAACACUCGCACGAGGCAUUCAUCAACUGGAUCAUCCAGGAGCAUCUGCCUCUCGCUUUGCCCGUCUUUGAAAAAUACGGGAUGAUUGUAUACAGCCUAUUCGUUACGCCGCCUUCUCUCAACAGUGCACUUAAAAAGGAUAUUGAGGCGUUUCGACCUACCUGGGAUUUUGCUCAAUUCGACUGCUUUAUUGAAUACACGCUUCCGAAUGUGGAGACUAUCAUGAAAGUCAUGACAGAUCCAGAUUGGCAGGUAGCAGUGAAGGACCAGGAUAAGUGGGUAGAUGUCCCGAAGGCCCUAGUUUCGGUGGGUUACAGCACAGGGAAUCUACUCUAA